UUAUAGUAGGUGAGAAAAAGGGUUUUUAGAUUUCCAAUAUCAGUUCACAAAAGCAUUAGAAAACAUAGCAUUUUUUCUUGCUUUCUUCAAUGUGUCAAUGAUUGCUUCUUUCAGGAAACCAUCUACAUUUUAAAUAAUAUAUUUGGGCCAAACCUUGCGCUAAGAGACUAGAUACAGAGUAGCAUUAUUUUCUGGAAAAGGUUCAUGAUAAAGGAUGACCCUAAGUGCUAGAGUUCUAACUACCAAAGUUACUUGAGCAUUUUGUUCAUGUUUUCUGAGUCAAGUUUUAUGGCAUCCUUUUUUGGGGUCCAGAAUAGCUUUCUGAAACUUAAAAGAAUGUUUUGUUUUUUGUUUUGGUUCUUUUGUCGGUUUUAAAUAAUUUUACUUUUGUUAUUCUUAUCUCUCCUAGUUUUUCUAUUUUAUUCCUUUUAUGGAUAUACCAUGUUCUGGGACUACUGCAAUUGCGGCUGUUUUGUCUAUAUUACCUGCAAUAAAGAUCAUGAUGAAACUGGACCAUAACAUACAUAUUGGUAUAUACUAAAUAAAAUUGAGCAUCGGUGUGCUUCCAAAAGAUUUCACCAGCGUAGCCCAUUGUUAAAUCUUUAGGACGUGUUAGCUUUUUACCUUUUGUUGUUCCAGUAAAAAGAAAAGGAUGUCAAGUGGAGGAACAUACUGGUGUUACACAUGCAGGCAGCCAAUCAGGAUUGCUGGGAGGGAUGCCAUUUGCCCUUACUGCGGUGAAGGCUUCUUGCAAGAACUUAAUGACGUGCAAGGGGCAGUGGGGCGAAGAGGUUCUGAACCAAGAAAUGGGUUCAGAGAUGCUGUUGAUAACUUCAUGAGGCAGAUAAUGGGUGGAAGAUACAUAAACUUUGGUAUUCGGAUUGGGAGGUCUGGUUCUACCCAACUUCCUCAACGGACUUGGAGUGUGUUUAUAUUUCCUAGUCAAGAGUCUAGUGCUGAUCUGGAAGAAUUCUCUUAUCAACACGUUACAGAUUACCAGUUUGGUGCGUCACAAUCUUCAAUUAAUGCAGUGCCAACUAUUAAGAUCACGCGUGAACAGCUCAAUUUUGAUUCACUGUGUCCAGUUUGUAUAGAAAGUUUUGAAGUAUGUUCUGAGGCCAGGAAGAUGCCAUGUGACCACAUUUACCACUCAGACUGUAUUGUUCCAUGGUUAGUUCGCCAUAACUCGUGUCCUGUUUGCCGUAGAAAGCUGCCUCCUGAAAGACAUUCUAGUUCUCCUCCUAGUCAAAUUUGGGGAAGAAAUCAUGCCAGUGGUAAUAGUGACAAUGCUAUCUCUAGGGGCAGGGAGAAUAGACAGCUCAACAAUGGAUGGAGAAAUCUACUAUCAUUUUUUACUUUUUGUAGCCAUUCUGUUCUUCUAAUUCAGAUACUCAAUCGUUUAUGCUGAGACUGGGGAUACUACUUGUACGAUAUGUUAUUCGAGACGAGCGGUUAUGAUAUAUCUUACUAAAGAUAUAAAAUAAUCGUGAGAUAAUCAAGAAUAUCUAUUUAAAA